AUGGACGACAGCGACCGUCCCGAAUUUCCCAGCUUCCCCAUACUAUCAUGCCAGCAACAGCUAGACAGACCCCCGCGGCACCCUCUCUCACAGCUACCUCUUGGGCGAAGAAACAAGACUAAGCUGACAACAUCACCAGACACUAACCUCAAUACUACUUCAAGAGAGGCCGAUCUAAAUGGGUCUCAUGAUCCAGGGGUAUCUAACAAGGGAAAGGCUUUGAGAAAGAAUCUGGACAGUCGCUCAAAGAGGCCUGUUGAUAACGAGCGAUGGCAAUAUGAGGAGGAUCUUAGGAGGAAGAAGAGGCUCGAAGGGAAUUGCGGGAAAUGGGUGUCUCUCCUGUGGGAUAUCGGUGAAUUCGACAGGUGGCCGGCUACCGGUGUGCGGGUGGGAGUCAUAUUUCUUCAUCGAAGUAGGGCUUGUGAUUGCCACACGGAUCUCCUUGCAGUCUGUCGUUUAGGUUACCAAGCUUUACACUCAAGCCCAGAUGCAAUGCCGCAGCGCUUCCUUUGCGCAUUUGGGGUUUACAUGCUGGCCAAUUCAACUGUUGAGGAUGCUAUUCUCGACAGACUCGUAGGGAGUGCGCAAAUAGCCAUCGUGACCUGGAACGUUGCUCGCGUGUGUGGGCGCAUAUGUAAUUACCUGAUAACUUGUCGAGUCAGUAAAGGACUCGAAGCUCCUGCAAGAAUAUAUAUUCAGAUCAAAGGUUUUGUGAUACUGACUUGA